AUGGCUCUGAGCUCUCGGGCGCACGCUUUCUCGGUGGAGUCUCUGGUGGGGAACCCUCUGAAGAGGAAACUUGAGGACGGCGAGGAUGGGAAGGCGAGGGAGCGGCCCGGCGGCACGCUGAAACAAGCCCAGAGCUCCAAGCAGAGGGACGAGCAGCGAGCAGGGGAGGCGAGCAAGACCCGGAGUGGUCCCGGACCCACUUCCCCCGGAGGGGAUUCCGAGGGUCUUCACCUGGAACUGCAGGGCUCCGAACUUUGGAAGCGCUUUCAUGAGAUUGGGACAGAGAUGAUCAUUACUAAAGCGGGCAGGCGCAUGUUUCCCGCCGUCCGGGUGAAAAUCAAAGGUCUGGAACCGGCCAAGCUAUAUUACAUUGCCAUGGAUAUCAUUCCCGUGGAUUCGAAGAGAUACAGGUAUGUCUACCACAGUUCACAGUGGAUGGUGGCCGGAAACACCGAACAGUCUCCGUUAACCCCCCGCCUCUAUAUGCACCCCGACUCGCCAGCUUCCGGGGAGUCCUGGAUGAAACAGAUCGUCAGUUUCGAUCGGGUGAAACUUACUAACAAUGACAUGGACGAGAAGGGACAUAUUAUUCUCCAGUCGAUGCACAAGUAUCGUCCACGAAUCCAUGUGAUACUGAAAGAAGCAGAUGAGCACGUGUCUGUGAACCAGAUCCUCCCGCCUCAUGGAGUCCGCACAUUCGCAUUCCCUGAGACUGAAUUCACAACUGUCACAGCCUACCAGAACCAGCAGAUUACAAGGUUGAAAAUUGAUCGAAAUCCUUUCGCCAAAGGUUUUAGGGACCCCGGGAGAAACAGAGUUAACCUGGAGCGAGUGAUGGACAAUUACCCCUGGAGGACCGUAGACUGCCGACCAAAGUUGGACUUUCCAACCUUUAACAUCCAAAAACAAAUUUACCAAAGCUCACGGGAUCAGAAUGAAUGCCCACCAUCCGCUAGUUUGCUGAUGCCACACCUCGCGUUGUUUCUGUGUUGUGUUUUUGUUUUGUUUUAUUCAGUUAGCUGCUCGGACUCUCGGCUGGGCGUCUCCUGCGGUGUUGGCCCGGUUCCUCUGGCCUCGGUAUUCUCUCCGACCUGCUCCUUCCACAUGAGCCCGGCUUCCCUGGGGAUGAGCUGCCGGGAGAGCCCGCUGUGCGGCGUGGACGGCCCGCUCUGCUACAAGCUGGCGCCGGCCCCUCCUCAGGCACUGGCCUGGCCUCUCUACGACAGGCUGAGGGGGAGCGGCAGCGGCGACCUCCUGGCGGCGCCCAGCCCUCCGCCGCUCAUGUUCCGCCUCCCCGCCUUCCUCUGCGGCGGCAAAGGGGCGGACUGCAGCAGCGGAGGCGGCGGCUCGCAGCUCCCGCUCGCCGGGCAGCCGCCGGGCGCCGUCUCACCGCAGGGCGUGUACGCCCCCCGCCGCCCUUACACUCUGCACGGCUACACGCCCCCCACGCUGACGGCCGGCCCAUUGAAAGCGGCCGCUCGGGACACUGCAGCCUCUCCCGGUGACGGGCUCCUGGCGGCCAGGAGGGGCUUGAGAGGCGCCGCGCUGAGCCAGUGGCCGCAGACCGUGGAGCACAGCCUCUGACCCACCGCCUCUCGAGUCCGAGCUUCUGAACGGAGCGGGACCCCCCCCCCCCUCCGACUCAGUGAGGCUCGGAAAACGCGGGAAAAUGCAAUGCAGGAAAGCCCCCCUCCUCUCCUCAGGUGGCAGACAAGAGGGGCUGGGAGUUGAGAAGCUUCUCUUGAAAAUAGAAGUCGCCGGAAUGCACGCAGAACCAGGAAUCGCUGCAGAAAUUCGUUUUGCAAAUAACCCUGUCGGUGGGAUUUACAUUGCCUUAAAAACAACCC